UUAUUAGCAGGCUGUGUGGGAUUUACUAACGCGGGGAGUCUCUGGUCUUGGGGUCGGGGUGGAGGGUCGCCUACUGGCACCCCACGGUCGGGUUAGUGAGAUGGCGGCGCGCUGGAGCAGCGAGAACGUGGUGGUGGAGUUUCGAGACUCCCAGGCAACUGCCAUGUCUGUGGACUGUCUUGGGCAGCAUGCAGUGCUUUCUGGCCGAAGAUUCCUAUACAUCGUCAAUCUGGAUGCCCCUUUUGAAGGUCACCGGAAAAUCUCCCGCCAGAGCAAAUGGGACAUUGGAGCUGUGCAGUGGAAUCCUCAUGACAGCUUUGCACACUAUUUUGCAGCUUCGAGUAAUCAACGGGUCGACCUUUAUAAGUGGAAAGAUGGCAGCGGGGAAGUUGGCACAACCUUACAGGGGCACACUCGAGUUAUCAGCGACUUGGACUGGGCAGUGUUUGAGCCAGAUCUCCUGGUCACCAGCUCUGUGGACACCUACAUCUACAUCUGGGAUAUUAAAGACACAAGGAAACCUACUGUUGCCCUGUCAGCUGUAGCUGGAGCCUCCCAGGUCAAAUGGAAUAAAAAGAACGCCAACUACCUUGCCACCAGCCAUGAUGGUGAUGUACGGAUAUGGGAUAAGCGAAAACCCAGUACAGCAGUGGAGUAUCUAGCAGCCCACCUCUCCAAGAUCCACGGCCUGGACUGGCACCCAGACAGUGAGCACAUUUUUGCCACCUCCAGUCAAGAUAACUCUGUCAAGUUCUGGGAUUACCGCCAGCCUCGGAAAUACCUCAAUAUUCUCCCUUGCCAGGUGCCUGUCUGGAAAGCCAGAUACACACCUUUCAGCAACGGGUUAGUGACCGUAAUGGUUCCCCAGCUGCGGAGGGAGAACAGCCUGCUCCUGUGGAACGUGUUUGAUUUGAACACUCCAGUUCACACUUUUGUGGGACAUGAUGACGUGGUGCUGGAGUUCCAGUGGAGGAGACAGAAGGAAGGAUCCAAGGACUAUCAACUGGUUACAUGGUCUCGGGAUCAGACCUUGAGAAUGUGGCGAGUGGAUUAUCAAAUGCAGAGGCUCUGUGCCAACGACAUUCUGGACGGUGUUGAUGAGUUCAUUGAGAGCAUUUCUCUCCUGCCGGAACCAGAGAAGACCCUGCAUCCUCAAGACACAGACCACCAGCCCAGUUUAAGCCAUGGAGAGGAAGAUGGUAAUGUAACUGAUAUCCUAGCCAUAAAGGAAGACCCUCCCAACAGUUUGCUGGAAGAGAAGAGAUCAGAUCAACUAGGCCUCCCUCAGACUCUGCAACAGGAGUUCUCCUUGAUCAACGUGCAGAUCCGGAAUGUCAAUGUGGAGAUGGAUGCUGCAGACCGGAGCUGCACAGUGUCUGUGCACUGCAGCAACCACCAUGUGAAGAUGCUGGUGACUUUCCCGGCUCAGUACCCCAACAACGCUGCCCCUUCUUUCCAGUUCAUCAACCCUACCACUAUCACGUCUGCUGUGAAGGCCAAGCUGCUGAAGAUCCUAAAGGACACUUCCCUGCAGAAAGUGAAGCGCAACCAGAGCUGUUUGGAGCCUUGCCUGCGCCAGCUUGUCUCGUGCCUGGAGUCUUUUGUGAAUCAGGAGGACAGUGCUUCUAACAACCCAUUUGCACUCCCAAACUCUGUCACACCACCCUUACCGACGUUUGCACGGGUGACCACUGCCUAUGGCUCAUACCAGGAUGCCAAUAUUCCCUUUCCUAGGACCUCUGGGGCCAGGUUCUGUGGAGCAGGUUACCUGGUGUACUUCACACGGCCCAUGACGAUGCAUAGAGCAGUGUCUCCCACAGAGCCUACUCCUAGAUCUCUCUCAGCCUUAUCUGCUUAUCAUACUGGUUUGAUUGCACCGAUGAAGAUUCGCACUGAGGCCCCUGGGAACCUGCGUUUGUACAGUGGGAGCCCAACUCGAAGUGAGAAAGAGCAGGUCUCCAUCAGCUCCUUCUACUACAAGGAACGGAUGUCUCCUCGCUCUGCCCGGCGACGUUGGUCCAUACAAGCAAUUAACGACUUCCCGAAAUCAAGGAGGUGGAAAAGUAAACGGGAAGGAUCAGACUCCGGCAACCGACCCAUUAAGGCUGCUGGGAAGGUCAUCAUCCAGGAUAUCUCAUGCCUCCUUCCUGUUCAUAAGUCCUUGGGAGAGCUGUACAUAUUGAAUGUGAACGACACUCAGGAGACAUGUCAGAAGAAUGCUACUGCUGCCAUGCUGGUUGGAAGGAAGGAUCUUGUCCAGGUUUGGUCGCUGGCUACAGUAGCUACAGAUCUUUGCCUUGGUCCGAAGUCUGACCCAGAUUUGGAAACACCUUGGGCUCGACAUCCAUUUGGGCGACAGCUGCUGGAGUCCCUAUUGGCUCACUAUUGCCAACUCCGAGACGUUCAGACCUUGGCAAUGCUCUGCAGUGUGUUUGAAGCCCAGUCCCGGCCUCAGGGGUUACCGAACCCUUUUGGGCCUUUCCCUAAUCGUUCUUCUAAUCUUGUGGUAUCCCACAGCCGAUAUCCCAGCUUUACAUCCUCGGGGUCCUGCUCCAGCAUGUCAGAUCCAGGAUUCAACACCGGUGGCUGGAACAUAGCAGGAAGAGAAACAGAACACAUAUCUUCACCUUGGGGAGAGUCUUCGCCAGAGGAACUCCGCUUUGGGAGUCUGACCUACAGUGAUCCCCGUGAGCGAGAACGAGACCAGCAUGAUAAAAACAAAAGGCUCCUGGACCCUGCCAAUACCCAGCAGUUUGACGACUUUAAGAAGUGCUAUGGAGAGAUCCUCUACCGCUGGGGUCUGAGAGAGAAGCGAGCGGAAGUGCUGAAGUUUGUGUCCUGCCCUCCGGACCCUCACAAAGGGAUCGAGUUUGGCGUGUACUGCAGCCACUGCCGGAGUGAGGUCCGUGGCACCCAGUGUGCCAUCUGCAAAGGCUUCACAUUCCAGUGUGCCAUCUGCCAUGUGGCUGUGCGGGGUUCAUCCAACUUCUGCCUGACCUGUGGGCAUGGUGGCCACACAAGCCACAUGAUGGAAUGGUUUCGGACCCAAGAGGUAUGUCCCACUGGGUGUGGCUGCCACUGCCUGUUGGAGAGCACCUUCUGAAUCCCAGAGGACUCCAUAAAUACCGGAGAAGGCUCUCUGCUGCUGCCGGUGGGAAGUUCUAGAACCAGGGUCAUCCUGGAUGAUUUAGGAUGGUGAAUAGUCUUCUCACAGAUUGUCACAGCGUCUGCUCCUGAGCCUUUCUGUUCCCUUCUCUGGAUGUCGGAGCAUGGAUGAGGGGAGGGGGACGCACAGAGCUGACCCUCCUGCACCGUCUGUUGAGUCCACAGUGGAUGUUUUCAUGAGGAAAAGCACCUGCUCCAGAGCCACCAGAGCCAGCAUUAGCCUUCAAGAUGCUGCCCUUGAACCAGGAAUGGGUUCUCCAGAUGCAGAUGCAGUUCAAAGACACACAUCAGCUGCAAAGCAGUCUCCUGAGCCAAAAAGACACUGGCUCUUAGUGUCAUCCACAAGUGAGCUGUGGUCUCUGUGACUUUAGAAGUUGGCACCUUGAUGAUGGCCUUAUAAAAUCCAAUACUAAAGUGUAAUAUAUGAUGGACAUAUAUAUUCAGCAUUCUUUUUCCUGGUACAGGGCUUGAACUCAAUGCCUUGCACAUACUGGUGAGCAGCCAUACCACUGAGUUACAUUCCAGCCCCGUAAGAAUCCUUAAGAUGUAUAUAUUUUCUGCCUCUCUUCAUCUGCUUUCCUUUGACUAAUAGAAGUCUAUACUUGAGAGAGAGAGAGAAAGAGAGAGGGGGGGAGAAAGAGAGAGAGAGAGAGAGAAUGAAUAAGGAAAGUGACCGUCUUAGUGACUGACUCACUUUGCAUUAUACUUCUGGCUGAAGGAACUGUUUUGGACAAGACUAGAAUUAGUCUCAUGGCUUCUAAAGGAAAUGACAUUUGACUUUGAUCAUCUAACAGAGGAAACAGAAUUUGACAUUAAGGUUCUCUCUAGCUGCAAGAGUCUCAUAAUUGUUUCUUCUAGCAAAGGGGAAAUGAGAUGGCAUUUCAGCACUGAUACCAAAGUCUCUCUCUGCCUCUGGGCAAGCUGGCCGGCUUCCAGGGGUGCUCUUUACUUGAACUCCCUUGCAAACUCAUCAAAAUCACGCCUUGAGGAUUUUCUGGGGUUUCAGUUCUCUAUACCAGGGAAAAGAAUUUAAAAAAACAAAACAAAACAACCCACUCUACUGAAAUUCCCAUCUCUUAGAAAUUUAAAUUCCUUGGGCCUAUAAUAUGGCUCAGUGGGCAAAGGUGCCUGCCACUAAGCUUACUAACCUAAGUUUGUUCCCCAGCAUGACCCAUGUGAUAGAAGAACUGACUCCUAAAAGUUGUUCUUUGACUUCCACAUAUAUGCUUUGAUAUGUGAAUGUACAUACACACACAACAAAAAAUGUAAUUUAAAAAUUUUAUAAUUCCAAAUUGAUUAUGUCAUUGGAUUAUGGUUACACAUGUCUCUAAUCUCUUCACUCAUGAGGCUGAGCUAAGAGACUUUCAAGUUUGAGUCCAUCCUGGGCUACACAGUGAGUUGAUGGUCAGCCUAAGUUACAUAUGAAGAUACUUAAAAGCAAACAUCAUAAAAAAAGAUCUGGAGAUAGAGCUUAGUAUUGAAUGCUUGCCUAGUAUACAGGAGCUGAUGAGUUUGACCCUUAGCAACACACACACACACACACACACUCUAAAACAAAAUGCUACAUGUUCCAUAACAGGUUAAGUGUUGUAUAUCACUUUGUUUGAAACUACAAUUUAAGACCCAUGAAUGGGCUAGGAAAUCAAUUGUAUUUUUAAUCAGUUUUAUAUUUUUAAGGAUUACUUUGUGUGUGUGAAUCUGUGUGUAUGUUGUGUGGGACAGAAGAGGCCAUCUGGUUCCUUGGUGCUAGAAUUAUAGGUAUUUUCAGGACACCUUGAUUGUUUCAUGUGCGUUCAGGGAUCCUAACUUGGAUCAUCAUGAUUGCAAAGUAAAACCUAACUGUUUUGUCUCCAGCCCCCAAACUUGUCAUUUAGAGAAAGUAAAAUAAUGCGGGAGAGAAAUCAUUAUGUACUAA